GUCACGGAUGUCGUCGCAGUCGUCGUCACCGCCGCGUAGUGGGUCUCGCGCCGCGCGUCGGAACUGAACGCCCACCGUCGUGGUGUCCGGUGGUCGUCGCACCGCGUAGUUAUUCCGAACUUGUCGCACGUUUCCUCCGCCUUUGACCGUCGUCGAGCAUUUGUGUCCUGCCCCCCCCACCUCCCCCUCAUCGUUAUCGGCCGCCGUGUGUGAAAAAAACCUAGCUCGCCAUUGACACGGACACGGAGUGACGGACACUGCGCCGGACCGGUGCGCGCGGGGCGGCGUGUAACACGUGGUUUUAUUAAAUCAGUCGCUGCAGUAGCGCCCCACCCCCGCGCACGGCCUACACACGGGAACACGACGACGACGGCGGGAGCGGGGGUCGGAUCCGUCGGAUACACGACGGCGGGCGGCCGCGCGGCGACGGUGCAGCCCGGCGUGAAAGACGAUCGGCUUCGAGGACUUGGAGUGGCCGGACGUGUUCGACGAUCGGUACUACGAUGACGACGUGGACACGCGCUUGGCGCGGCCGCAGCCGCUACGGGCGGCCGCUGCCAUGGUGAACAGUGGUGCCGGCCGCACCGCUCUCGCUGGCACCGGGCACUACCAUCACCACCACCACCAUCACCACCUGCAGUCGCAGCCGACCGCCAACUACCUGCACCAUCACCACUACCUGCACCACUACCACCACAACAGCGUGUACUACCGCGGCCGCGCGCACCCGCAGCGCCGGCACAACAUUCACCACCACCUCGCGGACAAAACGUCCUACUAUCACCACAACCAUCACCACCAGCGGGGCCAGUCACCGUCGUCGCCGCAAACACCGCCGUCGCCGUCCACGUCCACCCGGCCGCUGUACAGGCGGGUGUACAACUUCAUCCGGCAGGCGUGGACCGGCGUCAAGUUCUCAUUAGAUUCCGAAUUUGACGAUUUGGAAACACCGCCCAGGUACAGACCCGAAAGCGUACAGUACUUUUGCCGGACGACGGGUUUCACGGAAUCGGAAAUCAAAAAAAUUUACCGCAAUUUCAAGACGGAAUGCCCGACUGGACUCAUCAAGGAAGAUGCGUUCCGUGGCAUUUACUCGCAGUUUUUCCCUCAAGGAGCCAAUAUAAGUCAAUACGCUCACUAUGUCUUUCAAUCGCUGGACCACGAAAGAAACGGCAUCCUGAACUUUGAGGACAUGGUGCAGGGCCUGUGGACGCUGUCCCGGGGAUCGGUGGACGACAAGCUCCGGUGGGCGUUCACGCUAUACGACCUGGACGGCGAUGGGCAAAUAUGUCGGGACGAGAUGACGCGCGUCGUGACGGCAAUCUACGAACUGAUGGGCAAAUUCGCCGAACCGUGGCUCAAGGACGGCACGACGGUGGCCGCACACGUAGAUUUCGUGUUCCAGAAAAUGGACCUCAAUCGUGACGGGGUGGUGUCAUUCGACGAGUUCAUGGAAACCUGUAAAAAUGACGAGAACAUCACCCGUGCAAUGAUCUCAAUGUAGACGAGAGACAUCGUAAAUAUAGAUGGUCCGUAUGAUUCCACGGACGUUGUUCGAAAAUAAAAUUAUACCCAAAAUGCUAUCAGCGACAACGGUGGAACGGCGUAAAAUCUGCAGACAUCAUCUAAACGAUGAACAGUAGUAUAUAAUAUUAUAAUAUGAAAUAUAAUUUUUUGUUUUUUUAAAA